UUUUCCUGCAACGCAUACAGAGAGGUAAAAACAGCAAGUUCUAGUAAAGGAUCCUUCAUGUACACAGUAAUUAAAAGUUACAAUUAGGCACAUCAAAUACGAUCAGUACAGCGCGAGUCCGAAAUAAACACAGAAUCCCUUCAACUAAUACCACCUGGUCCCACAAUGACUUCUAACACUUUGUCUCUCAAAAUUUCCCUUUGAUUUCCUUUCCGGCUCAGUGGUCUGAAGGCUAAGUGUUCGCGCGCGAGACCGCAGGUCCAGUGUUCGAAUCCCGCGGGCGGGAUCAUGGAUGUGCGCUGUUAAGGAGUCCCAUACCAGAACAAAACGGCUGUCCGGUGCUUUCAGAUUUCGCCCCAGAUGCUCUGGUACGGCCGAGAGUGGUGGACAUAGGCUCCAAGAUCCUAAGGAAACAAAUGACGUGUGAACCUAUUGUUGGUCACCGGCUAUUAUGAAACUGCAACUGCUUACGUUGCUUCACUGCCUUUUGGAAUAUACUUUUAAGUCAAAGGCUCCCGGUGUGACGCCGUAAAAACUACCUGCUUUUGUUCGGGCACCCGGGCAGUAUUCCAGCCCUCACACAACCUGGAUGAUAUUAAACAUCAGGUGUAAGGAGGUGUUAUUCCUUCGUUUCACAAGUCCUAAUUGCGUACCCAACAGCAUCAGUGGUCCAAUGUCAGUAUCUGCCAAAAUAAUGUAGAAUUUCAUUAUGCAUCUCAACCUAGUGAAAAGUUGUAGAGUGUGAAAGAAUAAGCUAACUAGUAAUGAAAAAUGUAACCCCGUUUUUUAUUACUAGAUGUAUAAAUGAAGUAUAGAAAAGCGUGGAAAACAGGUGAAAAGUCUGGGUACAAACUUGGUUCAAUGAAGAGAUUAUAUGAUGGCUUUUGGUGAGAAGGGUUGGAGUUGCUGCAUGGAGGCCACUAAGUGCCCUGUUGAGUGUUACCUGGUCGUUAAACCGGACUCGUGCUGUACUGAUCGGAUUUGAUUUGCUUAAUUGUAGGUUUUAAUUACUGUGUACAUGAAGGAUCCUUUACUUGAACUUGCUGUUUUUACUUGUCUGUAUGCCUUACAGGAAAAUCGCUACAUACAAGCUGAACCUGCUAGGAUGCAUAACUCCAUGAAGUAAUGUGAACUUGUUUCUUUCCCCAAUUAAGGUAUUACAACCACUGUGGCAGUGUUUUGCCAUAACGGGCAGCUAUUUAGUGGACUAAACUACCUGCUUCUAGUUUCGAUUUCAGGAUUAUCUUAAUCUGAGGCUUGUGUUACUGUUUAUUGUCGUCAAUUGCUUUCCUUAAUAGUGUGCCUAGUGGGUCAUCGGCUCACUUUUUCUUUUGUUAUUUUAUUCAGCUCUCUGUAUGCUCCAUUAGUACACAAAUACCUUCUGACUAAACGCGAACCGCUACAGCGUUUUAACGCAGCGGGAAACACGUUAUUUUAGUAUCGACUAUCAGAUUGUCUUACUCUUGUUUUAUUCCUGUUUGUUACCAAUCGCCUUCAUUGUUAAACGCAAGUGCAUUCUGUAUUCUUACUGACUUGGCUCAGUUUUUCUCUCGUUCUAUUCUUAGAUUUUUACACUCACUUAUGACAUAACAUACUUUCAGGCUAGACGCAAAACAUCCAAAGGCUGGACGUUACAAUUUCAUAAAAAGUUGAUUAUCUUAAAAUAAGUCAAUGACUGGUUCAGUUACUUUCAUAAUUGGGUAGUCUCGUUUACUUCAGUAUAAGCUUUGCUACGCUAAUAAUGAAACUGCUACAUGGCGAUGCAAAUAUUCCCGACAUUAAGUCCAUAUUUGGUUCAGAUGUAUCUGGAUGUAUUAACAUGAAUGUAAUGCCUGGUAGCAAAUCAGCAAACCUAGUCCCAUACGCCGUUGAAAAGUUCCAAAGUGGAGAGACAGAUACGGUAAGAAUUUUAAAAAAGUAUCUACAUGUACAUCUUUCUGUUGCUAUCAUGUUUUAAAGAGAAUAUACGAACUAUAAUCUUGAUAAAUUCCUUUACGUACUGAAAGUCUGUGCAUCAGUGUACCUACCAGAACUAGACUAGAGUUACCUAUCCUAGCUUAAGUUACAUCUACAUUCUAUUAAUCACUGCCGUCUUUAUAUGAGUACUCAACGAGAAUCGUUCAUAGUUUUUAAGAUUUGUGUUAAAUGGAAAGACUUGUGUUAGUAGUUUUGACCACUGCAUGUAAGCAUCCUAUAUAUUUCAGUAUUGCCUGGUAAACAAUUACACCUGUAUUCAUUAAAGCACAAUAAGUAGCUCCAGGUGUUUAAAAUAGUUGCUUUCGUUUUAUGCGUCUGCAUGACCCAAAAACAAAGUUUCAGGAAGAAAUGGUUCAAUCAAAGCUUUACAAAAGGUGUAUCCGACUACCAACUUGGAUUAUAAUCUGCUGUAUGGCAGUUUUUUCAUACCAUCAAGAAGCAUAAGAAGUACUCUAUCUGCGCUAGGUUCAGCCAGUGAGUUACAUUAAUUAUAAGAAACAUUGAACAUGACUGUACAGUGAUUACUCCCCUGGAUUUAUUGUUUUAUAAUGAGUUCAUAUUUUCUAGGUACGUGUGGUCGCCACCUGGGUAAAUUAAUUUCUUGUUGUUUACCCAUCAUAUGUAAGAGGUCAUUGGUUACAUAUUUCAGUUAAAUGUAUACUUGUCCUGAUUAUUAUACUUGUCCUGAUCUAGGUCGCAUUUACAGUUUCAAUUAUAUGGUGGAGCAAGCAUGGCGCUGUCGCGAAGACUGUUGCGUGUGCUGAGAUGUUCAAAAGCAUUGUACUCAAUACAAUCUCACAGACGUCACAAUUAGAUGGUUCCAGCCCACCAAAAAUAUACCAAUGUAGUCGCUUGCAUAUUCAAUCAUGUAAUUGCUCGGUUCCUGAUACAACAAUAAGUUGCACCCUGGAAGAACCGGGGAUUGCUAUCCUAUUUUCUAAAUCUCAAUUCCCAGGAGAAGAUUGUCAACUGCCUGUUGAUUUUGGGGGUAACAGUUUUUCAGACUUUAUAAACAAAGGGGAUACAUCUAAAUCAAAUUUAGAUCAUCCACCUAGUCGUCGUCGCUUAUCCCGUACUAUUCGGAAAAAACGUGAUAUUGUUCGUGAUUCCAAUAAAAACGAGGCCAAGUUUGCUAAUAAUGGUUCUUCAGAGAUGGGUGAUUUCCAUAAUGUCCCUUUUCAAACACCCCGUCUGGCUGCGGCUAUUUCAAAUGUAAAUAAAGUAUUAAAGCACAAAAAAUUGAACAGGAAACGAAAAAAGUCGUCAAAUUCGUAA